AUGGCUCAACGCCAGCUUUCGCGCACUCUCCCGAAGAACUUCACCUUCUCCCUCGACGAUGAACCCCAGACCCCCGAGCGACCUAGGAAGACCAUUGAUGUCCCACCUCCUCCCCGUCACUCAAUCCACAGCUAUCGCUUGCCCCGAACUCGCGCUCGCACUGGUGUCGAUGUGAGCGCUCGUGUGGACAUGGCUAUCUUCCAAUUCAAAGGCUCGGAUGUUCCGCUGCCCUCCAUCGAAGUUCCCCAAUCAACCGGUGACUUCAACGCGCCUGUCCUCAGUGACAGUUCCAACGAUGAGGGCUUCCUUGCGCCACCUCGCUCGCGCAUGGAGUUCAAGACACCACCUGCGCAGAUUCGGGGCACACCUUUCGACUCUGGCGACGCCGCAACCCCAUGGCCAUCGUGGGACCAGACACCUGGUCCUCGCAUCAAGCGCCCAGACUCUGUAUGCUCGACUCUGUCUGACUCCUCUAUUGAAUCCAUUGAAACGUUUGCAUCGCGACCCUCUGUGGGAAGUUGCACCAGUGUUGAAAGCGACCUGUUCGAUUCAUACUUCCCGCUGGAAAUGUCCAAGGAGCCUGAGCUCGAGUCACCUUCGCGACCCCAGAAACAACACUCGCACGUGAAGAAGGCCGACAACUCAUGGACCCGCGAGAUGGACAAUCAUCUGUGGAAUACCUACCAAAUCUACCUCCAGGAUCCUACUAUGACGCCAUUCAAGAUGACACCAGGCAGCAUUCCUCCUCUGGGAGUCACAUCGCGUGUUGCACGCCGCGCCAGAAAGAAUUGGGAGAAGAAGCGCAAUCGCAUCGUUCAAUCCGUGUCAAUGGCGUCUGCUGAUGCGUUUGGAACAUCUACCCCCAAAGUCUCCGAUGAAGGGUCGCAACCACUCUGGCCUAAAUCCGACUCAAAGACUCGACAGCGUCUUAAGCUGUUGUGUCGGCGCAAGUUCUCUAUCUCACCUCACUACCAGCGAAUCAUGCAAUCUCGCACUCCUGAGCCUGUGACAGGGGUUUAUGGACCGCCCCCGGAAACUCGUGUGCACGAUUUCGCCGACAACUCGGCCUACACGACUCGCGACCUUGGUGUUUCUCUUGUUACAUCCUACGAUCCGACUCCACUUUCUCAAGUUACACAAGAUGUACCCUUGACUGCAGACUGGUUCAACACUCCUGUGUCUGCCACACCUGCACCUGCCCAGGUCGAGACCCCUGUGGCCAAGACGCCUUACCAACACCUUCGUGUCGAAUCCGCUCCCAGCAUCCCGCGCCUGGGAUCGCCAUUCGUGUACAAUACCUGGGGUCCAGGUGGAACGAGUCGCCAAGCCCAGAGAUUCAACUCCCCUCGACGCGAGACCAUUCAUGUUCCCGGUCAUCGUGCUCGCCGCAACACAUACUUGGACCAGUCUCUGCAAGAUCCCGAUGACGUCUUUGCCACCACAUCGAAGAAAAAGAACAAUCCCUCGGAAGAAGAAGAAGAAGUUGAUCGUCGCCUGGAGGACUAUGUUCGCGAUAACAAGUUCCAAGACAUGGGUCACGGCCGAGUUCGCAUCCGCAAUCGUGGAGCAACCAUUGGCGAUGUGAACCCUAGGGACAUGGACCAGCUUUUCUCUCCACCUUCUUCGCUCAAUUCGGGCCCAAUUGAACCCGAAGAGACCACACCCAUCGUGAAGCCCGGUAACCCCUUGUUGGACCUUGGCGAAAAUAUCAAACGCCUUGGCUCGCCUUUCCGUAUUGAAGGAGGACACAAGCGCCGCGAGCCUCUCAACCCGAGCCUCCAGACACGCGCCUGA